GUGGAUAAAAAAACCUUACAUUAGGCGGAUUGAGUCAGUGCAACUUCGCAGUCGCAAGGAGACUAGUUCCACAGCUAAGACGAUCCUACGCAAAUCAACAUGAAGACUCUGGCUAUUUUGGUGGUUUUGAUAGCCGUCGUUACUUCUGCCAAUGUCGAUUCACCUAGAAUCCGGUCCAGCUUUAGAGAUGUUCCCAUCGCACCGUUUCCUUCGAAUAGAGCCGUUACUACUGUACGCACCACCACCACGCUAACCACUACUAUAACAUCCCUUAUUACUACAUUGACUACACUCAUAGUCAGAGAAACAACCACCAUUCCAACCACUAAAACGUCAAUUAUUACCACCCGCCCUAUGACCACGAUUUUUAGUACAACUGUAAUACCCACAACAAGGUUCAGUACUGUAACCGAGCGUCCUUCGACCACAAUUACUAGUACAACUGUAAUACCUACGACAAGGUUCACUACUAUAACCCUUCGUCCUUCCACCACAAUUAGUACAACAAUAACCGUCCCUACCACAAGGACAAUAACUUCUACCACCCGUCCUUUAACUUCCACCACAACUACUCUAACGUUCCCCGUAACAACUAUCAUAACUGAAACAACAACGUCAGAGAUUACGUUUACAGACACGGCAACUACUUUCACAACUACAACGGUGUUUCCUACAACAACAGUCGACCCUACCGCUACUUCUCCGGUUGAGCCCACGGUUGAGCCCACUACUGAUCCUAAUUUUACAGAUGCACCUUGUGAAUGUGAAUGUACUACGGAUGGGACAACGGACGCACUAACAGACAUUCCUACGGAUGGGGCAACGGACACAAUAACGGACACACCUACUGUUGAACCAUCGAUGAGAAUGCAAUUUAUGGUGACUGAUACCUAUUAUUAAUGUCCACUAUUUCUAGUGGUUUUCCUAUCUACUGGGGUCAAAUACUUUCAACACUAAUUAUCUAACAUUUUUAACAUCGGUGAUUGACAAUAUACUAUUGCAACGGGA